GUACUUGCUAUUCUUGUCAAAAAUGUCUUUUAUGUUUUAAAGAGUCUUCUAUAUAUUCUUGUGACUGCAAUCAAAAAACAAAACCAAAAGCAAGCAAUCAAUCAAAUGGAAAAACUAUUAGAGUUUAUUUACGAAAAUAUAUAACAAAUAACUUGUCACCUAGUCAAGAAGAAUUUUUCAAACAAGCAGAUGAUUGUUUUGGUUAUAGUUCUAAUUUUAACCAAACUUUUAGUAUGUGCUUUUGUAGCGCAUGUCAUAGCAAAUAUGAACGUAUCAAAAAAGUUAAAUCGAAUACUACAGAUAUUGAAAAAUUGAAUACUGCAAACACUAAACAAUCGGAGUCUUCUUUACAUAAUAAUAGUACUAAUUGUGAUUCAGAACUUAAAUUCAAGUUAUUUGUUGAAAAUGAGAAUGGAAAUAUAUUACCUGGAAAGAGUAUUACGACUAAAUUA